AUGAUUGGUGCUGGCGUGAAGGCUGCCAUAACGGACCCUUCCCAUCCCAAUGUUUCGUGGAAGUGGGGCAAGGGGUCCUUUGAUGACCUCGGAAAGACGCAGCUCCCCUUGUGUCACGACUGCCACGUUCGACAGGAGUGGCGGACAGAGCACUGCAACGCGUGCAACAGGUGUGUCUCUGGCUUCGAUCAUCAUUGCAUAUGGUUGAACAAUUGUAUUGGCGAUCAAAAUUAUCGAAGCUUCUGGACUGCCAUGAUCUCGGCAACACUGUUCUUAGGGAUCAUGUGCGUCAGCGGAAUUGUGCUCACCGGGGUGGUCAUCAUGUAUGGCGAGCCAAAGGAGCUGCUAUUGCCUGCCAUCAUCUUUCUAACGCUUUCGAACAUAGCCCUGAUUGUGCCCAUCUCAACAUUGUUGAUCUUCCACCUCGCGCUGGUCUACAACCGGAUGACUACGCUCGAGUACAUCGUGGCGCACUUGGCCUACGACAGGGCACUUGACAGCGCCCAAGAGCCACCGAGCUUCCCUGACGGCAGUAUCUUUGCACCGUUCCCAAGAUGUGUUGAUUGGGUCGUCUUCAGACCUCGUCGGCGGCGCAAGGGCAAGAUCGCUCCGGCACCAGCUCUCUCCGAAAGGCCGCAGAAGCCCGCUGACAAGGUCAAAUUUCCUGCAGCUCCAGCAGAGACUGUUGAGAGCCACGUUGAGGAGCCGAAGCAAAGAGCAUUGGAGGAGGGAUGCCGAACUCCGACAACCCAGCUGGGACCGGAGGAUGCAACAUCGCAGCCAGGCUCAUUGCGCUAG